AUGAUUGAGGAAGGGAGAGACAUCUCUCGUGCCUCCCCCCAGCAGCACCUCGACGCAGGUGGUGGAGCUCUCCUUUCCAUGCAGUGGCGACGGCACGCCGAGGAAAGAAGACUGACCUAUGACCGACCUUUCAGCUCGGUCCCUGCGGUAGAAGAGAAGUUCUUCUGCCAGCCGUAGAUUAUUUCAUGCCCGCGGCCCCUCCUCCUCCGUACCACAUACAGGAUCUGUACGUCCUCCGGAGAAGACUCUCAGUUCCGCGGGAAAUAUAGACUACAGGAGGCUCCCCCGUUGAAGGAGCCCCAACCCCUGCCAGGAGAUCGACGGAAGGCUGACUCGGGUAUGGUCUCGCUUCUCGGUGCCCUCACCAGGAGCGGGGGGGAGGGCGUCGUCUCCGAGCCUAAGUAUCUUAGCCAAGGAAAUAGCCCUCCUUUGGACGGGUAGUAGGAGGGUCGUAUAUUAGCAUAGAAUAUCAUUUAAAAGUUUAAUAAGAUAUCAAGCCUUUGACGUGUACAUAAUCUUAUUUUAAAUAUUCAUGAUGAAUUAUUUCCCAACGAUCACAUACUCGACCCAUAUCGGAACCAUUGAUGGGCCUAAAAUUUAGCCAAAGUCCGGUUGUUGUUGACGCUCUUCCACUUCUAAAAGGCGCGGUCUCCAGUGAGAUCGCGGGGUGAUUUGAUCGCUUGCGGGCCAAGUGAGGGGAUUCCUCGGGCCUCACCAAAAGGUUUUGAUCGAAGUUUCAUAGUUUAUUAUUCGGGGAGAGGCGUCUGCGUUUCCUGCCACCCUGGAAGUGACCGGUUUUCUAUUUCCCGCCGCUCUUUCAGAAGCUGUGGCUGGGCAAAAGCCUCUACCUUUACGAAAUUAUUGAGCAGCGACGGGAGUGAGAGAGAAAGAGGACGGAAGAGGAGAGGAGAGAAUGGGACAGAAGAGGAAAGAAGGAGAGAGGAGUGCGGAGAAGAGAGUAGGAACGAAGAGGAGACAGUAGGCGAUAAUAGAAGAGACAAGGGAGAGAGAGAGAGAGAGAGAGAGAGAGAGAGAAUUCUCGAUUCUGUCAAGGGCCACAAGGCAGCGUCCUCUUUCCCGGGAGGAGGGUGCGGGGUUGAGAGCCUUCUUUAAUGGACCCUACGGAAACAUUACUGCAGAAGCCCACUCCCAUUGCCCAUUCGUCCACCGAGUGGCGUUCAUUAUUAUUCUUUCCCCCACGGAAAUGAAGACCUAGUCAGCCGUCCCCCCCGUAAUCAUCGACUCUGGUCACUGUGUGGCCCCGGGCUUCAUGGGCCCACAUAAGUUGGCCCAACCAGAACUAUCGCUGUUGCCACGCGGACUAUCCAUGUCUCGGGACUCCUGAUGACGUGGCUCCCCAGUUGCAUGAUGUGACGAAACUUGGGCAUCAACUCGGUGUGACACGAUAAAAACGCGAAUGCAUUCCAUUCGUCGUCGGUUAACUUGAGUCCAAAAGUAGAGAGAGAGAGAGAAAGAGUGUUAGAGCCGGUGCCGGACGGGGAGAGGAUGAAUGAGGGAGAGUGAGAGUGAGAGUUAGAGCCUGCGAGAGAGAGAUGGUAAAUGAGAAAGAACGAGAGUCGGACCCAGGGAGAGAGAGAGAGAGGAAAAGCCGAAUUGCCUUCGAUGCGGCUUGUCCGCACAUGCCAUGCGCUUUCCACAGUAAAACCAAGUUUGAGCCCACAAUUUACCCUCCCUUCCCCGUCAAGGAAAGCACAACCCCUGGCGGGCCUCCACGCGCCCGCGUAAAGCGAGUUACCCGGACGGGGAAAAGAAGAAAGCCCGACGUGAAAUAAAGGGACCAGCGAACAAGCAGAACAGAACGUUGGACUAGACUGGCGCACUCAGAUGGCUUAAAAGGCCUCCUCCCUCCCCCCUCAUCCCUCUCUCUCUCUCUCCGUUCCUCUCUUCGUCCACCCCCACGCGCCUCUCUUCGUCCUCCUCCAGCAUCUAAUGGGUACGGUCAGGCCUCCCAGCUCCUAAAUCAUCCCCCCCUCCUCCUGAGGAAAGCUGACUGAUCGAAAGGGGGAGACGAUGAGAGCUGGGGGCUCCACGGUGCAGCAAGCCCUGACCGUGGAGGCGGCUGGGAUUGUGAAGCAAGCGGUGAGCCUCGCGCGGCGCCGUGGCCAUGCGCAGGUCACCCCUCUUCACGUCGCCAACAUCAUGCUGUCUUCCUCUGCGGGGAUCCUCAGGGCCGCUUGCCUCCAGUCCCACUCUCAUCCCCUCCAGUGCAAGGCCCUCGAACUCUGCUUCAACGUCGCCCUCAACCGCCUCCCAGCUUCCACCUCCUCGGUCCCCAUGCUCGGCCCCCAGCCUUCCUACAACCAUCAUCACUACCCCCCGUCUCUCUCCAACGCCCUUGUGGCGGCCUUCAAGCGCGCGCAGGCCCAGCAGCGACGGGGUUCCAUCGAGACCCAGCAGCAGCCCCUCCUGGCUGUGAAGAUUGAGGUGGAGCAGCUGAUUAUCUCCAUCCUGGAUGAUCCAAGCGUCAGCCGGGUCAUGAGAGAAGCCGGCUUCUCGAGUACCCAGGUGAAGAACAACGUGGAGCAGGCGGUCUCCUUGGAGAUAUCCGAGUCUUCUCCCCUCUCUCCCGGCACCGCGGCCAAGCCCAAGGCCAAUCCCAGCAGCCUCCGGUCUUCAACCCCUUCAGUCAAAGCCAUGCCAGCGGAUCAAGUAAGGCAAGAAGACGUGAAGGCCGUCGUAGACUUCUUGGUCAGCCGGAGGAAGAGGAGCGUAGUGAUCGUUGGUGAGUGCUCGACGACUGCUGAGGGAGUCGUGAAAGCUGUGAUGGAUACCAUCGGCAAGGCGGAGGUGCCUGAGAUCUUUGGGAAUGUGCAGUUCAUCAGCCUCCCUCUCAUCUCCUUCAGGUGCCUCUCUAGAGAAGAGGUGGAGCAGAAGUUGGGGGAGCUCAGAUGCCUCCUCAAGAGCUACUGCGCGGAGAGUGGAGCUAUCCUGUACCUCGGGGAUCUGAAGUGGGCCGCCGAGUACAGUUCUGCCUCCGGGGGAAAGGGGCGGAGUUGCUAUUGCCCGGUAGAACACGUGAUCAUGGAGCUUGGGAGGCUUUCCUCCGGUUGGUCUGGGGAGCAUACCAGUGGCGGCAGAUUCUGGCUCAUGGGGAUCGCAACAUAUCAGACUUACAUCCGGUGCAAGACCGGGAAUCCCUCUCUAGAAGCUGUUUGGGGCCUCGUCCCCAUAACCAUUCCCUCAGGAAGCUUGAGACUGAGCCUCAGCUGCGACAGGUAAAACUCUCCGCAAUCAUGAGAUAAUCAAGGAUAAUCAAGAUCACCCUGUUUUCUCUGAUUCAUCAGAGGGAGAGCUCCUAUUGUGAAUCUCGAAAGGAAAGCUGAGCCCCCGGCUUUUACCAUGAAAAGCUGGGACGUGGGAGGUGUUCUUUUGGUUUCUCCCCUUAUCCGUUCGCUAGAUUUUCCCUCUCCUCCUCCGAUCGUCGAUUCCGAUAAACAAAAAAGAAGAAAGCACUGAAUCGAACGAGAAAUCCGUUAGGUAUAUUUUCACAUUGCUGUGAGCUCUUCGCUUUUCCAAAAGGUUACAGCCGAGCCUUUCGCCGGCCCACGCCUCCUCUUCCUGUUUCCGACUCCCCCCAACAUAGAUAAAUUCAUUAAAAACUUUUAAAAGCAUUGCCAUAGAUUAUCUGGAGUAGAAUAUCACCCCAAUUCUUCUGCUGAUAUUUUGCCGUCCUGCUUUUUGUUUCAGUGGCAUCAAUGGAGAUGUAUCGUCGUGGUCUCGGAUUGAAAAUGGAGGCGAGAACAAGCUCGGUUGCUGGGAUGCUCCCGUUAAGGUGGAGAUCCAGGCGAAGGGCCUGACGAAUAGCUGCGGCAGCAACCUCGGCUCCGUCACCUCCAGCCUUCCUUCGUGGCUCCAGCAAUACAAAGAAGAAAAUAGAAGGACGGCGGCCUCUAACGAGGUGAUCAUCUCAUCUUCUCCCAUGCUUCAAUGAUUAUUAGCCAAUGAGCAUCGUUUAACCCAUGUAUUUUGUGUUUCAUGUAACCGUAAACAGAAGCAUAUCGGGGAUCUAUGCAGGAGGUGGAAUACCACAUGCAGCUCAUCCCGCAAGCAUCACCACCUCUUGCAGGAGAAAACCCUAAACUUCUCCUCAAUCUCUCCGACCUCCUCUUCCGUCUUGUCGUAUGGGCAAAAACAGUGCAGCCUACUCCAGAAGCACAAAACCUGGCCCGUCCCCACCGACGGCAGAAGUCCUUGGGCUGACCACCGUGGCUGCGCAUCUCAGGCCGCAGAUGCAGGCUCUAAGCCUGACCCUAGUCCUUUCUCGACGUCGUCCGGUGAGACCAUGGAAGCAGACCGCCCCAACAGCUUCAAGGAGCUAAAUGCCGAGAACUUGAAGUCACUGUGCCAUGCCCUGGAGAAGAAGGCUACGUGGCAGAAAGAUAUAGUUCCUGAUAUCGCGGCCACCGUUCUCCGGUGUAGGUCGGGAAUGACGCGAAGGAAAGAAGGAUCGAACUCCAAGAUCAGAGAGGAUACGUGGUUGCUCUUUCAAGGUGGCGACCACGAAGGCAAGGAUAGGAUAGCGAGGGGCUUGGCUUGCCUCAUCUUUGGAUCCCCGGCAAGCUUCGUUUCAUUUGGUUUGAGUAGCUUUGCUUCAACAAGGUCUGGAUCAAGCGACGAUCUCCGAAGUAAGCGGCCCAGAUCAGAAGCUAGCAACAGCUACACAGAGAGAUUGGCAGAAGCCGUCCGCAAGGAUCCACACUCCGUCGUACUAGUGGAAGACGUAGAGCAAAUGGAUUACUAUACCCAAAUAAACAUAAGGAACGCAAUCGAGCGAGGGAAGAUACGCUCUUCCGACGGCGAGGAAGUCGGUCUCAGCGACGCGAUCAUCAUCCUCAGCUGUGAAAGCUUCGAUUCGAGAUCAAGGGCCUGCUCUCCCUCCGUCAAGCAGAAGUCAGAGAGCGAUGGAGAAAAGGGUUUGGAAGGCGAGAAGGAGAAACCCCACUUCAAAUCGUUGGAUUUGAAUCUGUCAGCCGACGAUGAAGAUGAAGUACAAGUUUGGACUUACGACGAGAUUGACCUACUCAGUUUGGUAGACGGGCGGUUCUUCUUCAAGUUGAACGACGACUUCUAGUUGGGGACUGUAGAAAGUUCGUCCUUCCUCCGUUGAAAACCAAAACAUUAUUAUAUUUUUCAUUAUUUCUUCUUAUGAAUUUGAAGAGAUCUGUAUAUUGGUAGCGAUUUUCUCGUAAGUUGGGGAUUGUAGAGGCUGGUUCUCUUUCUCUUUGCUCGUUGCUUCCUAUGGGUGGACCAAGAGGUUGGAGUUUCCUUGUUAUCUUGUCUCCUUUACCAACUGCAUUAGGACCCGCUUGUCUUUCAGGAAUCGACGGCCAGUCGUCAUGUAUGCGAUCUUCUUGAGCUUUGCCAUCUUCCAUCUCUUUCUACAAAAGAAAUUUGUCAGUCUCUGUCAAAGGAGAUAGAUCACGUACCUUUUAUUAAUACCGCUGUUAUUUUCCUCCAUUCAUAAACAGUCCAAUCAUCAUUACCUCUGAAAUAAAGCAAAAUCAGGCCCAUGACUGCCGUUAAGCCUGAAGGUUCGGUGAACGAGAUCUAGAAAAGGUAUUUAAAUCUAUUAAAUGAGCGUCCAAAGCUGUACUUGGCGAGUAUGUCUAGUUCUUUAACGUCCAAAAUUUGAGGGUUAAGCUAGGUUUCUCCCAUAUUUCUAUCUGAUCGUUUUCCAACCCGUUGUUUCCUGUCCACGCUGACGUUGAGGGUUUUGCCGAGGGGAUGAAGAUGAGCCCAGUUCGCGACGAUGCUUGAAGAAGUUAAUUUCCAUAAAAAAAAAAUCAUAAAAGAGCACAGCUUAGGCCAUACUACAUAUAUUAAUCAAGAAUCUUAUUUUCAUCUAAUGUUUAAAAUUUCCAGGGUUUACAUGGGAGAUCAGAAAGUAGGCUUCACAUUGAGAGAAAUGCUCUCCUUGGGCAAUGAUGCUGUCCACGCCACUUGGAGCACCCACUAUUGACCGAACCACAGUUGUCCAUAUCUGUUUGUGGGGUCGAUUGGCCAAACAGAAGGGUCCAUGGAAUAUAGAAUGAAGACAGAGAUCACACGAACUGUGUGGGUGUGCUUCGUUGCUAUAGCAACCCUGUUCCCUCGUCAAGAGAUCGUAGUGGCCGGUGAUAACCUCGAGAAAUGAAAGGAAUCAUGGUCUUGGAAGACAUACAUGAAGCUUGAGUUGAAUUUCCUCGGAUUGGCGAAUGCACCAGAGUGGUCACCAAGCACCGGCAUCCGCCACGGCAAUCAUUAUUUCCCGGAGCUUCACAAACCACAAAAUGGGGAGUGGUUAAUUAAAUAAUCUCAGGUAGCCUCACAUAUUCAGCGCUCGGCUAGAAACGGAAGACCAAGACCAGUCUUCGUCUCUCUCUCUCUCCCAUCUCUCCUAUACUAAGGGCAUGAAUUCACUGAACCUUUCGGGUCUCAGCCAUGAAUUCACUGGAGUCCAGCUUGAAACCCACUUUUUCGUUUUUUCUUUACGUCCAAACCUCAUGACAGACUAUCGCGGUGUGCAGUAAGGAUUUCAAAUCGAAAAGAAAAAGAAAAAGAAAACGGUGGAGAAUCAGAGGAGGUUUAAGGUAAGAUUCAUAACUUGAGAGUGGUGCGAAGAGGCGGCUACUUUAGAAGGGAAAGCACAAUCUUCUUUUAGAAGAAAUAUUGAAAUUGCGCUCCUUUUCACACUUGCCGAUGUGUUUUGAAAAAGAACUCCCCUUUCUCGCUUUAGAUUUUCUUAACCCUGACAUUCUCCUCCUCGAAAAGUUGUGGGGAGCUCGAAAGGCGAUUAAAUUCGAAGUUGAGAGAUAGCCAGCAUCUUGGCCGCUUUAGAUUAUCUCACAUCCUGCGGGCGACGUCGACAAAGCAAACGAAUUCUUUACUGUAAGAGGGAAAUCGUCGUGUGUCGGCUCAUAAGCAUGUCUGGUGCGGGAAAAGCUAAUCACAUUCGGGAGAAGCACUCUGCAGAUAACGGGCCAGGGCUUAUCAAAUUCACCACCCCGGACAUAUGCUGGGAGAAAAUCCUGGAAAGCGGUCUAUUCGCCCCUGCACUGAUAAGCAAGGGACCGCACCGGAAAGACCUGGGUCAGUAGAGGGGGAUGAGCGGCCAUGUGACCUAUCGUUGGAUGAUAAAAUGAGAGAAAAAUAAUCGUACGGCUUGUUGACUGGACCUCGCCAAGUCCCUGGUGUGACGCCCCUCGCAUGGCCCUAGUUUUAAGCGUUGUGUCCAGAGAGGGUGGACCUAGCCGAACUCCGGAGUUACCCAAACCCACUGACAGUCCCACUCUAAGAUGCCCAUUCAUUCCCGCGGAAAUCCCAACAUCAUUAUAUGCUUCCCCACUUUUGGGUUGCUCACUUUCUCGCUUUACCUUAAACUCGAAAGGGAGGAGGCUUGCACUAAUCGCUUUCUUUCUUUUAUUCAUUCUUCUCUCUCCUUUAACCGGAAUGGAGACGCCAGCAUCUCUCUCUCUCAUCACGUGGACGUAAAAACUCUGAGCGUUGUUGCAUGGGGAGCUGCCGAGGUAUGAAGAAACUUGGAGACUCAUAAUUACUCACGCAUGAAGAAGAGGGAUAAUUCGACGGUGGCUCUGUUAAACCCGGAAAAAAGGGGUAAUGUUGAGAGGAAAGUGUGCACAAAAAACAGAACACCAGAGAGAGGAAGUGGAGGGGAGUGAGGGAGCGAGGAGAGAGAGAGAGAGAGAGAGAGAGAGAGAGAGAGAGAGAGAGAGAGAGAGAGAGAGAGACCAUCCUAUAGUUUUCUCAUACUUCUCACUUCUUUACAUUUUCUCGUAA